CCUCUGCGAGCGCAAGGUGCUUCCCCAUGUUCCCGCCCAUUACCCGGAAUACGGAGAGAAACAUUUCUCUGAUGCUACGAAUUCCCGGGAAAACACCAGCUCCCAUAUUGCACCAAUCUUCACUCCCUCCCCACCCUUCUGCGCUGUUAUCUUUCUGAAUGAAUAAUCAGCCAAUCAGCCAUUUGAUCUUGUCUGGGAGCAAGCGUUAUGACGGUUCGAUUUUUGCUGAAUUCAGAAGUUCGUAGUGUUAUUCUCAUUUUUCCUGUCUUCGUUUGCUUUCUUCCAGGAGCCUUUUCAUCUGGAACUGUUACACUGACGUCGAUUCAAAUUUUUAAAACUCAUGAAUGGCUAAGUGCAAAACCAACAAUUUAUUUUCAAUGUCAAGGGGAGAACAAGACAAUUUUACCGGAUGUGACGGAAGCACACCACAUAUAUGUUUUCAAGGGUGAAGAAUCCUGGCAGCCCCUGACUGAACUUGCAGAUAAGAAAUGUAAGAGAUGUGGGUUGUAUGAGAAAGACAUCAUAAAAGCAGAUGCGAUUUUUGAUGAGUGGGAACUUUGUCCUUCUGAUUUUAUGGCUCCUGAUGGGAAUUAUGUGCAUUCCAAAGACAAAGAAUUCAAUGCUACAUUUUUAUGUAGCCAGUGUGUUGAAACUGACAAAGUUGUUGCAGGAAAAGGAAUAAAUGUGGUUUGGGUGAUAAUGAUCAGUGUGUUGGUUUCUGUUGCAUCCAUCCUUGGUGCUGUAGCUGCUUAUAAAUACUGGAGGAGAAAAAAGAGAGAACACGAUCAGGCACGCUUUCUAAAGCUCUUUGAUGAGGGUGAUGACAUUGAAGAUGAAAUCGGUAUUGGAGAUAUGAUAUAAGAAAUCAUAUCCUGUCUGACAUUAUUUCGGCUUUACUGCCCUGUUUAUAUUGGUAGUUGCCUUGUGUAAAAUGAGUAGCAGAGUCUAGAGAUAUGAUAUAAGAAAUCAUAUCCUGUCUGACAUUAUUUGGGCUUUAUUGCCCUGUUUAUAUUGGUAGUUGCUUUGUGUAAAAUGAGUAGCAGAGUCUA